GUCAUGAAAAGCUUCGAUUAUUUCCAUCAUUUUCACCCUUCUUGUUUAUCAUCUUUGUCUGGUUCUAAAGGUCCACCACACUAGGGUUUCAUCUAUUCAUACUUGCGCGUCCUAUUCGUUUCUUAGUUAUUUUUGCUGUAGUAAUACUUGGGAAGCCAUAGCAACAUUGCUCCGACCUCAAACCCAAUUCGACGACCAAAUAUUUACGUUAACCAAUCUUUGUGUCAAACAGCUAUACCCCUGAAUAAGACCAUCUUGUCGAAUAUCGUACACCGAUGCAGAUACAAACACCGAUACCGCGAUAGCAUUGAAAGGUCAAUUGUGAACGAGUUCUUGAAGUCGAACUCGCCAAGAGUAGCUGUUGCGACAAGAAUUCGAGUUGUACACUCAAAGACGCAUAUCACCAGAUAUACGCACAUAUAGCGAUUCGCUAAACAAACAUGGCGGCAAAAGGAGAUUCCGUUCGUGGGGCACCCGGUCGUUCGCCAAUGCGCUUCAUCUCCGUCGAUAACGUCUUACAAUAUAAUUCCGAAAUACCAUCUGGCCAACCCCGUGUCCCUCCACAACGAGGCCCCCGUAGCAUUCCCGGUGUACGACGCGUGAGCGGAGGUGGCCUUCCUAAUCUUGCGUCGCGCACGGGGCAACACAAUAUGCCGUCACGGACCACUAGAAUCAGUGAGAAGCUGGUUCUGCUGCCUGAGACGGCUGACGAUUUAGAAGGACCUGACGAAGAAAUCGAAUCUGCUUUUCGCGAGGACGAGACAAGACCAUUGAAGGAUGAAGAACUUGACGUUUUGAGGAAAAGGGGUGGGCUGCGUGGGAAGAGUUAUGCCGAACGAUUACCUAAAUUUGAAAGGACGGAGAAGUUGUCGAGGCUCACGGCCUACUGUACUGCACAGUCUUUUAAAAUGAAGUCGACUUCGGAAUUUCUUCGCAAGAAGCACGAUGCUAAAACAAAGCUCUACGAUGACUGUCUAUAUACUGUAUACCAUCUCCCGCUACUACCUGGUGUGGACGGUUGCCGCGUGAGGAGUCGACCGAUACUCAAGACCCCCGGCACGGGCAAGACGGUUUUAGAUCUCGAAAUCGAACGGAGCGAACGAAGAGAUGAACAUAUGGGCUAUUACGAUGAAUAUUCGUACAAUGAACAAAGCGGAAGUCCCAGCCAGGGGAAUGGUAGUUACCAAUCUGUGUCCGAGGAUAGGGGUCAGGAUACCGAAAACAACCAUUCCCAAGACUACCAAUCCCUGAAUCCUGUCAAUAGGCUCGCACCUGAUGCUAAGCAAUUUGCCGAGAUGUUUGUUUUCUCAUACGGUGUUGUUGUAUUUUGGAACUUCACCGAAGCGCAGGAAAAGGCUAUUCUAGCAGAUAUCACAUUUGCAGAGACUGAGAGUGGGACACCGCUAGUCGCGCGACCUCUUGACCAGAGCGAUGUCGAGACGGAAGAGUUUCAUUUCGAAUACAAUGCGGACGUAAAGAGGCCGCGUAUUUUCAACGAUAUGAUCACGUUACUGCCGCGGUCGGAUCAUAUGGUCAAACUUACCAUCAGCCACGCUAUCGCACAGAGCACCAAACUCUGCUUCUUUGAAGAACGGAUGUCCGAAACCAUGCUAAACGCACAGGAUGUACCGAAGCGGUUAGCUCUUACUGGAGAGUUGAAUAUGACGAGGACUGAGAUUGUGAAGAUUCUCGGCCGGCUGUUUAAGAGCCGUGUUGACAUCAACCUCUCAUCGAACAUUCUUGACGUUCCUAAUUUCUUUUGGGACUCUGAACCUACUUUACACCCACUUUAUGUUGCUAUCCGUGAAUAUCUAGAGAUUGACUUGCGUACGAAGGUACUCAACGAACGAUGUCGCGUCUUCCUCGACCUUGCCGAGAUAUUAUCAGACUCUGUCGCCGACGCAAAGAUGAGUGCCAUAACGUGGAUUAUUAUUAUUCUCAUUAUCGUCAGUAUUCUUGUCACCGUCACUGAAGUCGGUUUGCGGUUCGGGAUACUUUCUAAAGGGCGAGGUGAAAAUAAUGACGUGUCAAAUCCCCAAAACGCCCUCGGCGAAGGGUGGAUUGCCGUUAGAUCCAAUGCUACACUCGAGCAACUAAGGCAAUGGGGCGUGAACUUGAACGAGGAAGAGAAGGCCGCCGUGUGCGGUGCGGAUUACAUCGGGACAACGUUCGCGGGCGUCUAAUUAUUUUUUACUCGUGGUUUUCUCCUACAGCACACGAGGUGGUGGAAAAUAGGCGCAGGGGAGUAAUGAUUUCGAUACCCAUACACAGGGCCUAUGGCGCAUUUGUCUCUUAGCAUUGGAAGUAUGUCUGCAUCACCUGCAUCACCUUUCAAUGUGAAUUAACAGUAUUUUGAUAGCCGAGGCCCAAAACCCUCACUAAUUCCCUGUUAUAUCAGGUGCUUCAAAUCUAUUCUGAAUCGUCUAUAAAUUGUGAGACAU